CCGCUUCCUCCAACCACAGCCAACCACAGCUCCCUAAUUCGCAAUUCGCGGAACCUGGAACCUCCGUCGUGAAAGCCAAGUUUAGCUGCCUGGUAGCAUGAACCAUUAUACGAAAUUAUACGAGCUCUAACUCGCGAGAGCACGAGGGGCCACCUUGCUUUAUAUCUUCCGAUUCCUACUUUCUGUAUUCCGUCUUCUUAUGUAAAUUAUAUAUGAUUCAAUACUAUCUUUAAUCAAAUUCCAUCCCCCCUUGAAAAACUAUAUAGAAACGAUCGAAUUGUACCCAACCUUUCUUCCGCCAUGGCCGAAAUACGUCAGCGGAAAGGCAAGGGCCCCGCGAAAGACGAGAGCUACCGGACCGCCAUCGUCGAAGAGCUAGACACGUCCGAGUCGGACACCCCGGCGCCGCCCAAGCCCAAGCCGAGCGUCAAGGAGCUCGUCACCGACGAGGAGGAGUACAGCCCGUGGGUGGACAUCCUGCGCGUGAUCUCCUUCCUGAUCGUCGCCUCCUGCGGGCUCAGCUACCUGGUCUCCGGCGGCGAGUCCUUCACCUGGAACAUGCGCGCGCCGCCCAAGUACAUGCAGCUGGACUGGUGGAAGACCCAAUUGCGCGGACCGAUCUACCUAACACCCGCCGAACUCGCGCAAUACGACGGCACCGACGAGACGAAACCCAUCUACCUCGCCAUCAACGGGACCAUCUUCGACGUAUCCAGCAACCGACGCACCUACGGACCAGGCGGCUCGUACCGGUUCUUCGCGGGCGCCGACGCCGCGCGGUCCUACAUAACGGGGUGUUUCGCCGACGACCGGACGGCGGACCUGCGGGGUGUCGAGGAGAUGUUCCUGCCCCUCGACGACCCGGCGGUGGACGCGCACUUCGACGCCGCGGAGCUAGCCGCGCUCAAAGAACAGGAGUUAAAGGAGGCGCAAGAGAAGGCGCACGAGGCCCUCGCGCACUGGAUCCGCUUUUUCGAGGCUAGUCCCAAGUAUUCUAAGGUUGGGUACGUCAAGAAGGACAAGAACUGGCUCGACAGGGAGCCGCGCCGGAAGCUGUGCGAGAGCGCCUCCAAGGGCAGGAAGCCGAGGAAGAUUCCCGGGACCGAAGAAUGAGCAUCUAAGGAGUUUUCAAAGUGUGAUUUAGCGGAAGCUUUAUAUAUACUUGUACAGCGGGAGAAUGGUUUUUGUUUCGGGUUCGGUUUGCUUUGG